GCUGCAGUGCCGCAGUAGCAACAGUGUGUGAAGCGCGUGCAGCUACCGGAGCAACUUCCCAGCAGAGGAGAGGAAAGGAGCAGGACGAGUCUUGUGUCAUGACGCCAACUUGUUGAUGUUGCCACUUCAUUUGUAUUGCCGUCAUUCAGGGAUGUGAAGAUGCCACAUUCUGUCAACUCCUUCCCGACGGAAAGUCUCAUCUCCGAAACUUUCCCUUCUGACUUCUUCUCUACCAACAUAUGGCCUACAGAGCCUUACACAGCAGACGGCUUCAUCGCCAGCAUCGGCAACAUCAGCAACAUCAGCAACAUCAGCAGGGUAGGCGACCUUCGCUGCACCUAUAAGGAAGAAUUUAAACGUAUUUUACUCCCUACUGUGUACACUUUAGUCUUCUUGCUCGGACUUCCUCUCAAUGCUGCUGUCAUACUGAAGAUAUGGAGGACUCGACCCAAUCUGUCCAAAAACAACAUCUAUAUGCUCAACUUGGCCAUAGCAGACUUCCUGUAUGUGAUGUCACUUCCCUUGCUCAUCUACAACUAUGCCAGUCGUGACUACUGGCCCUUUGGGGAGUUUGCCUGUAAACUGGUCAGGUUUCAGUUCUACAGUAAUCUGCAUGGCAGCAUCCUCUUCCUCACCUGCAUCAGUGUGCAGCGCUAUGUGGGCAUUUGUCAUCCUAUGACGAUGUGGCACAAGCAAGGUGGUCGCAGGUUGGCGUGGUGUGUCUGUGGAGGGGUAUGGGUGGUGGUCAUCGUCCUGUGCGCGCCAACUUUUCACUUCGCUGAGACGGGAAUCCAGCGAAACCGCACAGUUUGUUACGAUUUAAGUACGCCAAAGAAUUCAGUAGACUACUAUCCUUACGGCAUGGCUCUGACCUGCCUCGGCUUCUUGGUGCCUUUCGUGGGUGUGAUGGUGUGCUACUGUCGGAUGGCCCUCAUCCUCUGCCGCCCAGUAUCUUACCAGGGUGUCUCCAUGGCGACGGGGGAGAAACGGGACAAGGCGGUGAGGAUGAUCAUUGUGGUGGCGGCAGUGUUCUGCAUAAGCUUCCUGCCGUUUCACCUCACCAAGACCAUGUACCUGGUGGUGCGUACUCUGCCUGGUGCGCCCUGCGAGACAAGAAACUUGUUCUCAAUCAUCUAUAAAAGCACCAGGCCGUUUGCCAGCAUGAACAGCUUUCUGGACCCUAUUCUAUUUUACUUCACCCAGCCACGCUACCGCCGGAGCACCAGAAGGUUUAUGCUCAAAGUCACCACCCUCAGGGACAAGGGCACAAGUGUGUGAGCCAACGGUAUUUCUCGAAGCCUUCUUGCUAUACACCAGUGGUGCAUCCUAGAAGGCUGCAAAGUGGUACUUUUAUUGGUUGCUGAGUUUCCUCGUACAUGUUCUAAUGCAAGUCCUUUACGCUUUUACCUCCUACUCACUGCGACGAGGUACCUUCCUAUGUGGGUCUAACAAAGAUUUAGAGGUACUGGCAUACCAAGAUCAAGAAGACUUCUGAAAUGCAAAAUGAAGGUUGUAAUCUUGUAAUAUGAAAGGUAAACAGAGUGAUCCAUUUGUUGUCUUCUUACUUGUAUAAAUUGGCAUUAACCAUCACAGUGUAUUUUCUCAGGCAUUUGGAGCGCCUCUCUUUGAGAUUCCAGAUUCUGUCUCGUCUUAAUUUCAUCGUUUUGUGGCGGAGGAUUUCCGUCAGCAGACCAAAGCAUUCACAUCCUGUAUUGUCCUCGUUUUUUCUGUGAAACGUUUACUUUCUGUCUCCGCUCUGCACUGGGGUAGUAAAGGAGAAACUUGUAUCUAUUUUUUGGAAAUCGUCUUUUGUAUUUCACACUGUGAGUAUAAUAGAUAUAGAUAUAAUGAUAAUACUCUUACAUGAUAAAGUGACAAGGAGUAUCUUCCACUUUACCAGGCCUCCCCCAGUUUAUAUAGAACUGAAAGUGAAAGAUGAUUUUGAGAUAUGUGUGAAGUGGAGGGGGGGAAAUUAAAUAGUGAAAGAGAGAAGGCAAAGUAUUAUUUUGGGGUUAAAUAUUUACUACGGCACAAAGCCAUGUAAAUGCUUAAAGUGAUUGUAAAUAUUAUUAAUUUAUGCUAGAAUUGCUUGAAGCCCUUGUAUGAGGAAAUGUGCAUUUUUUUAGUAUUACACUUUCACAUGAAGGUUUUCUACUGUUUCUUCCCUAAAAGUUGUAAGACUUGUUGUUUCAUAUUUCCACCACUGGAUGGUGUGUGCACCCCAAUGCUGCAACCUGCACUGCACUGAAAUGCUGGCUCUGUUCUUUCUAAAAAUGGUACAGUUAAUAACAUGUUAUCCAGUAAGGAUAACAUCUUAGCUACUACAAUCAAAGAUAAACUGAUGCCAACAAAACGUAAAUGUCCAGCGCAUACCACACUAAAAUAGGCUACCAGUCUAUAUUUGUCUCUACGUAUUCUUUAAAGUGACCAGUGGAAAAAGGAAAUCCAUUUAUGCCACUGUUAAAACAUUUAAGAGUUGUUAUCAGAUGCUUAGAGUGAAGAAAAAAAAUGCAAUUCAUGGACGUUAGGGCAGGGUCUAAAUUAGGGCUCAACCCUGUGGUUUUCCACUUCCUGUUAGUGUGAAACUUUUCCAUGAAAUUAGGAUUUCUCUUGAAGAAAUCCCAGUCUGCAGAUGGAAGUUUAGAGUUGUAGAGAUGACAUAACAAAGAAUGAAUAAUAGUAAAUAGAGACAUUUAUAAAAAGGAGCGUUGUAUUCUUAAAGAGGUACUCGACGACAUGUGAAUUGUUUAGUACUUUGUACUGUUUUGAUAUCUAACUGGAUACAACUCAGUCUAAAUGUGUACAGUAUAUACAUUUAAACUUCCUUCUACUAUUUCUCAUUGAGUCAUACCAAGUAUCAGAGUUAUUGAGUUUAUGUUACAGUACAGAUUGUGUCGUAGUUGGUUGUCACUGCAUUUCGCUGUAGCUUAAUGUUAACUUAACUCAAUUCUAAUUGAUAUGUUUUUCCAAUUCCUUAUUUAUCCUUAUCGCUUUGAUAUCAAAACUAAAGUAAUCCUUAAUUCAGAUUUUUAAAUACAUUUAAUGUGCCAACAACCUUUGAAUUGCUCUGAAGCCACUGUAAAAUACAUAAUUAAGGCAGCUUUACUAGUUAAACACUUUGUUCAAACAUGCACCACUAGUUUGAGUUUUGCGGGUAAGAAACGUUGCGUCUAUUACUUUAAUGUGAACAUGUCAUUUUCAUGCAAUACAUUAAAUGCAAUGAGCAUUUUGACGACAGUAUGAGAUCAUGUGCUUAUAAAUGUUAAGAACUUCUUAAUGUAUGUGUGUGUGUACAGCAUGCAUGUUGAGUAAUGUAGUUUACUGUAUGUUGUGCUCCUGGCUUUAGCAUACAGUGAAUGCACAAGUUCUGUUGUGUCUUAUUGGUUGAAUAUUUGCGAUGUCUGAUUAUUUCUUGUCUGAAAUGUGUUGUGUGUGUGUAUGUGUUCAGUUUAGAGCGUUUCAGAAGUCUUUGCACUGUGCUAACAUAUUUGUGUCAAUCAGUAUUAUUUAGAAUAAUUCUUAUUUUUGUAAAAUAUUGUACCACAGUGUAGUAUCAGAAAAUAAAAGUGUAUUUUUGUUACAUAGAUAUAAUUAUGUUGAGGAAAAAAAGAACUAUUAUGUUUUUAUAUAUUUUAGUUUUUCUUUCUUUCUUACUACCUACCAUGCAGCACCCUUGAGUUGUUUGUGAAAAUGUUUUGAAUGUUGUCAUAUUGUAACUAAAAACAGCCAUUAAAAAAAAGUCACGUAGCCACGAAUGCCUUUCUACCACUUUGUUUGGAUAAAAUUAUUUUUUUAUGAA